AUUUUACUGUUAAUUGUAUUGACUUUUGUUUGGUUUCACUUUAAAAUCACUAAUUAUUACGAAAAUCACAACAAAAACAUUAAACCAAUCGCUCGUCAAAUGGUCUCAAACUUAUCGAAACCAUCCGAAGAAGUAUUGACACCAUUUUCGGUGAAUCAAUUGAAACGAGCCAUUGAUGAGAUCAAUCAACGACAAGAAGUGCACAAUUUGAAGACAUUUGGUCCACUUUUAGACAAUGAUUUGGUUGUCAUAAUACAAGUGCACAACAGAUCCGACUAUUUGUUGUCUUUGAUUGAAUCGUUUGCCAAAACUAAACACAUCGAAGAAGUGUUGCUAGUCUUCAGUCACGAUCUCUUUGAUCCGAAGAUCAAUUCAAUGGUCACUUCCAUUACAUUUUGCAAAACAAUACAAAUAUUUUACCCGAAAUCUCUUCAAUUGAAUCCCAACUCAUUUCCGGGCGAUUCGGCCGAAGAUUGUCCUCGAGAUGUGACCGUAAAAGAUUUUGAUUUGGAUGUGACUGAAAGGGCGCUAAGGAUUGGUUGCAAAAACCGAUUCAAUUCCGACUCUUACGGCCACUUCAGAGAAGCGAAAUUCACUCAAACUAAACACCAUUUCUGGUGGAAAGUGAACGCAGUGUUGGACGGACUGGACAUCACUCGACACCAUUCCGGCCACUUUAUGUUUUUAGAAGAAGAUCAUUACUUAUCGCCCGAUACUUUUAAUGAUGACAAAAGCAAAGUGAUAACAUUGGGCUCUUAUGUCCGUUCCGUUGAAUUUAACAAAAAUGCGGACAAAAUUGAAAGAAGUCGUUGGAUUUCUAGUCGACAUAAUAUGGCAUUUAUUAUUGAUCGGGAUUGGAGUUUGCAAUUUAUAAGCGAAAAUUGUCUCAAAUCACCGCUUAAUACACUAUUCGUUUCCAUCCCGAGAGUGUAUCACACGGGAGAGUGUGGUCUCCAUCACAAGACUAAACGUUGCAAUAAUAAAGAGAUGAUUGAGACAAUUGAAGACACAUUUAAGGUGUCAAAGAAUUAUCUCUUUCCCAAACAAAUGAUUUUACAACAAAAAAGUCAAAAGCCUUUCCGAAUGCCAAAAGCGAACGGAGGGUGGGCUGACCCUCGAGACCAUGAGUUGUGUCUUAAUCACACUCAUCAAUAUUUUUAAUAAUUUCAUAUCAUAUAAACAAUAAGGAAAUAACGAUUCUUACAAUCAAUCCUCAUUUUCCAAUCACCAGUCAGUGAUGGUGUGAAUCAAGUGGCAAU